AAUUUGUUCUUCAUUAUUGCUUUUGCUUUAUCAUGCAAAACAUUGAUUAUUUUAGAGAUAACGUCAUCACAGCAACUUGGCAAAUUUUUUUCCUUCAUUUUAGAAUCGAAACAUCAAACAUACCAUCACUAAAAUCAGUUCAAUUUCAUAUGAUCAUGUCCAAGAGCAAUGUAGCCCCACUGACUAUCGCCAAUUUGGCCAACCUAGAAAAAACACUCGAAGCCAGCACGAAGUCAAUAAAUGAGACAAAAUGUUUACAACCCAGACACCAAAAGAGUGACCACUGGAAACAAACAAUUCAUCAACAGCCGGACAAAAGAAAAGAAGAGGAUGAAACUGCUGCUAAAAAGAACGUUUUUAAGGAGGAAAACGAAAAUAAUCACGUCAAAACGGGAAAUAUUCAGACAAAAUUACCAAAUAAAGUUGAUAAUAUGGAUGAAAAGAUAUCUAAGGGUAAAGAGCACAUGAAUCCAAAUCUUUUGCUCGUUGAAAAUGAUAAAGUGGGCAUAAGAUCUCUGAAACAGCCGCAAAUUAGAGAUAUUCCUGGGAUACAAAAAAGUAUUGACGAUAACAGACCAAGGUCACGCAGUUCAGGUAAAAGCUCUUGUGCCUCCGUGGACGAGAGUCAAAAUCAUCUUGAGGAUAUUAAUAGUAGCCAGACAGGGAGUAGCCGAAGUGCAAGCGAAGAUGAACCGACUAGUUCCGUUGAUGACGACAAUGAAACCAUAUUUGGUAGUGAGAGCUCAACAAUCGAAACAGAGUGGAGCUCAGUCAAACAACCUGGAAAACCCGAUCAGUUGCGGUCGCAAUACUCGAAAUCGUUCCCGACUCUCUCGUCGUGA